UGGCCUGAUGCUAUUUGCAUAUCUAAUAAGCACCGCUCAGCUGUGCUGUGCUCCUCCCCAUGUAACUGUGGAGACUCGGUUCCCAUCGUUCAUGUUAACAAGCCGUUCAAAAGAACCUGUUCGUUCGCGAACGUCACAACACUACUCACAUUAGCUGAAGGCUUCCAUCGACAGCUCCACAUCCUCAACAUGGCGAGAUAACGAGCAGCACGGCGCCGCUGUUCGAGGCAAAGAGGAAGAAGGCUGGCCGGCGUCGACGGUGGAGGUCAGCGACAUCUUGGCAGUGUUUGCGGGGCUGUGCUGAUCCAGUAGCGGCUUGGGGUAGCCGAUCGUGAUGCUACGUAAGCAGCGCCUCUGUGGCGGGAGCGCGCGCGCGUGAGAGCCAGCUUUUUAGUUCCGUUUUUUUCAUUAUUGUUUUUUUUUCUUUAUUUUUCUUCUUGCGUCGGUUCUUACUCUCCCAACGGAGACAAACAGAGAGGGGCAGCGGUGGGCUGGUGAACUUUUGUGGGGGGAUGGCAGGUCGAAGCCGGAGAGCUUGGUUCAGCGUCCUCUUGGGUCUGGUGCUCGGCUUCACGCUGGCCUCCAGACUCAUCCUGCCCAAGGCCGGCGAGCUCAAGAAAGCCGGACACAAGCGCAAAGCCAACCCGGCCAAAUGUGGCCUCAACGCGGCUCUGGGCAAGGAACACGGCGGCGUCCUGUGGCCGCCUCAAGAUAGUGGAUCGCCAGCCACAGAGACACCGGGAUCCCGCUCCAACAACUUCCUCUUCGUGGGGGUAAUGACCGCCCAGAAGUACCUGAACAACCGGGCCGUGGCCGCGCACAGGACGUGGGCUCAGACCAUUCCGGGACGCGUGGAGUUCUUCUCCAGCGAAGGCUCGGACACCUCCAUCCCCAUCCCCAUCGUGGCUCUGAGGAACGUGGACGACUCAUACCCGCCCCAGAAGAAGUCGUUCAUGAUGCUCAAGUACAUGCACGACCACUACCUGGACAAGUACGAGUGGUUCAUGCGGGCCGACGACGACGUCUACAUCAAGAGCGACAAGCUGGAGAACUUCCUGCGCAGCCUCAACAGCAGCGAGGCUUUGUUCCUGGGGCAGACGGGAAUGGGGGCCCACGACGAACUGGGCAAACUGGCCCUGGAGCCCGGAGAGAACUUCUGCAUGGGUGGCCCGGGGGUCAUCAUGAGCCGCGAGGUCCUGCGGAGGAUGGUGCCUCACAUCCGAGAGUGUCUGCAGGAGAUGUACACCACCCACGAGGACGUGGAGGUGGGCCGCUGCGUGCGCAGGUUUGCGGGGGUGCAAUGCGUCUGGUCAUACGAGAUGCAGCAGCUGUUCUACGAGAACUACGAGCCCAACAAGAAGGGGUACAUCCGAGACCUCCGCAACAGCAAGAUCCACCGGGCCAUCACCCUGCACCCCAACAAGAACCCGCCCUACCAGUACCGCCUGCACAGCUACAUGCUCAGCCGCAAGAUCGCCGACCUGCGCCACAGAACCAUCCGGCUCCACCGCGAGAUCGUCCAGAUGGGGCGCUACGGAGCGGCCGAGCCCGGUCGAGAGGACCUCCAGCUGGGAAUGCCACCCUCCUUCAUGCGCUUCCACCCGCGGCAGAGAGAUGACGUCCUGGAGUGGGAGUUCCUGACCGGAAGGCACCUGUUCUCUGCCUUCGAUGGGCAGCAGCCCCGUCGCGGGAUGGACUCGUCCCAGCGCCAAGCCCUGGACGACAUCAUCAUGCAGGUGAUGGAGAUGAUCAACGCCAACGCUAAAACGCGGGGGCGCGUCAUCGACUUCAAGGAAAUCCAGUACGGCUACCGGCGGGUGAACCCGCUGUACGGCGCCGAGUAUGUCCUGGAUCUGCUGCUACUCUACAAGAAGCACAAAGGAAAGACCAUGACAGUCCCCGUGCGCAGACACGCCUACCUCCAGCAGACCUUCAGCCGGAUCCAGUUCAGAGAGGAAGACGAGAUGGACGCCGAGGCACUGGCGGGACACAUCAACCAGGAGUCGGACUCGCUGUCCUUCUUGUCCAACUCCUUGAAGAUGCUGGUCCCCUUCAAGCUGGCCACGUCCGGUCAGGAGCAGAAGGAAGCGGUGGACAAGAAGAUUAACAUCUUGGUGCCGCUGUCGGGACGCUACAGCGCCUUUGUGCGCUUCAUGGCUAACUUUGAGCGCGUGUGUCUGAUUCCCAAGCAGAACGUCAAGCUGCUGGUCCUGCUCUUCAGCACGGACAACACGGAACACGUCAAACAGGUGGAGCUCAUGCGGGAAUACCAUAUGAAGUACCCCCGCGCCGACAUGGAGAUCAAGCUCGUGGCCGGAUCCUUCUCCAGGGCGCUGGCUCUGGAGCUGGGCUCGUUGCACUUCUCCAACCAUUCCCUGCUCUUUUACUGCGACGUGGACGUGCUCUUCACUGCAGAAUUCCUCAAGCGCUGCCGGACCAACGCGGCCCCGGGGGAGCGCGCCUACUUCCCCGUCAUCUUCAGCCAGUACGACCCCAAAGUGGUCUACGCCGGGAAGGUGCCCGGCAACAACCACUACGUCUUCACCUCCAAGACGGGCCUGUGGAGGAACUACGGCUUUGGCAUCGUCUGCGUCCACAAGGGAGACCUGGUCCAGGUGGGGGGCUUCGACACCUCCAUCCAGGGCUGGGGGCUGGAGGACGUAGAUCUCUUCAACAAGUUCGUGCAGUCGGGUGUGGCGUUGUUCCGCAGCACGGACACGGGCAUCGUGCAUGUGCACCACGCGGUCACCUGCGACCCUAACCUGGAGGCCAAGCAGUACAAGAUGUGUCUGGGAUCCAAGGCAUCCUCGCACGGGUCCACGCAGCAGCUUGCUGAGCUCUGGUUGGACAAGAACGACCACACGCUCCGCAGGCUAGCCGCCAACAACGGCUCGCUUAGGACAGCCUGAGGGGGACGCUCUCCCAUCCCCGUCCCCCCACCGCUGGCCACGCCCGCAAAUAAUUUAUUUUCUGCGUAGAAACUCUUUUUUUAUGAAAACAAAGACGCUUUUAUUGACAGGUGGCGUGUCCAGCCUCAGGAGGCGGGGCCAUCGUUGUGUACCUCAGUGCACCUCGGACACUUGUGAAUGUUUACAUUUCCGCACACACACACACACACAGUUUCUUCUUGUGUGAACAACUGCUGGAUUUGACGUCUAAUUUAUUGUUUUUGUUUUGUGCAAAGAUUGUAACUUCCUGUCACCAAAGACUCUAGUUUGUGUGUGCGUGCGUGCGUGCGUGAGACAGAGUGAACAGUGAAGAAUGUUCUUGUUAAAAACAAAGUGUUGUCCAGGGGUGGUGAAGCCAAGCGAGCAUCCAUCCUGACAGGUACUGAUAUUCCCUGCUGGUCCAGUCUUCCUCAAGUCAAGCAGGAACUUUUUGUGAAAACAUGAAGAUGGACUGAGGUCUUUUUUUAUUAUCUUUUUUUUAUUGUUUUUAAUUUGUCUUUCAACUUUGUCCAAGUGGGAAGUUUUUCUAUUUAAAAAAUAAAAUGGGGGGGAAGUUUUAUAUUUUUGCUGCUUGACUUUUUUUUUCCUCCCUCCUUUCUUCAUCAUUCCAGUUAAUGUUAGACAAAAAACAUGUUUACGUUCAUUGUGAUGAAAGGAAGUCACCUUGCAGGUCUGGAAAUGAAAUAUUAGUAAGAUAUGUUCAAAUGAUUAAGCGCUCAUUAUUAGCCAUCCCUCGCCACAUCGCCGUUUUUCAAAAAUGAAAGAAUAUAUGAUGGCAGUGCAGGUUGGCUGUGGCCUCUGAUGAGGAUUAUGAGUAUUGACAGACAAGUCAUAUGUAGCGUUGCUGUUGGGCUCCAUUAGGGAGUGUCCCUGGGGACGUACUUAAACAUGCAUUUUUUCAUCGGAUAUCGGGUGUAUUUUCAUCCCUAAACAUGUUCGUAGGUAGAUUACUUUAAUUUUAUCAAUGGGAUUUCAAAUUAAAGAUCAGGUCAUGCUUUUUAAUUCAAAAUUUUACAUAUUUGUAACAUUCUUACUUGAGGCAGCGGCUGUCAGUGUGUCCUGCGUCCCUGCAGAGUUGCCGUAGCCUGCGCAGAAGAGUUGCGCAAUGUGGUGUAAACAAAGAAUGAGUGAACAGGUGACUUUGUCUACAGGGCUCUCAUAAUGGUAAAAACCUUAUUUUGAAAGUCAAAUAGGUUUUCUAUGCUCCAACGAAAAGAUUGAAUUUACAAAUAUCGAAUCCUACUUCAGUUUCACUUAUCGCGGUCGGCCGAUUAAUUGAACCAAUUGCCCGCAAUAAAGGACGUAUGACUUCACAAACCCACAAGCGUGACGACAUAAAUUGAAAAGGUCAGAUUGUUCCUUUAUAUUUUAGACAAAGACGUCACGUGACGUUUGUGUGGUCCGUGUGAAGGAGUGGGAGGUCCUGGUUCCCAUGGUCACAAAGCCCCCACUCAAACACGUUCCCCCAUUGCCGUUUGUUUGGUAAUUGCGCCGUGCACGAGUGUGAAGUUUGUGGUUUUAAAGAUACGAAAGUUCAUUUCACUAAUGAAGAACGUUUGCGCUCACACACACAUUACACGCUGAUGUGUAAUGUGGAGACAAAUCUUGAACUGAACUUUACUUUCUUCAAGUAUCUGCUCACAAUUGUUAGCUACACAAAAAGCAGAAGCACCUGAUGUGUUUAUUUUGCUGUUAAGUCCUGAUUACAUUUCCAUUUCACGUCAGAGCGUUGCGAUGAAACAUCUGUCAAUGUUUUGGUACACAGAUUAAAAAAAAAAAAAAAAACAGACGUUGACGUUCAUCAGCUGCACUCGCUGGUUAGCAACCGUUUACGAGAGCGGCGUCAUUGCAAGCUUCCGCUGCCCGCCAGGACCCGGAUGACAAGACGGGACAUGUUAGCGUCUGCGUGCCGGACGCUAACAUAGAAGAGGCGCGUGUCCGAGUCCAGGAGGCUGCGAGCUUCUGUCAGCUGGUGUGUGCAUGGCGGGAUGUCAGAGGGCAAAGGUCAGACAGACCGACCGCCGUCUCUGACGUUCUUUAACCUCAUCCGCCUGACGACGGCCCCCGCCUGCCGGGUCUCCAGGAGCAGGAGCCCCCUCCCUCACCGCUCAGGGGGUUGUAGUCUGGAAUAGAAAAGGUUCUUUUAUUAUUUCCAU